AGUAAUUAGGGGCUCGGCGACAAGUCGGAGUCUGAGUUGUUGACAGUCGUUUCUCUGCCUUCGCUGGUCCUGGCGCUGCCAGCGCCGCCGCCGCCGCCGUCAUGGGGAAGCGACAGCAUCAGAAGGACAAGAUGUACAUUACCUGUGCUGAAUACACUCACUUCUAUGGUGGCAAGAAACCAGAUAUCCCACAAGCAAAUUUUCGUCGUUUACCUUUUGAUCACUGCAGUCUCUCUCUGCAGCCCUUUGCCUACCCGGUCUGCACCCCUGAAGGCAUCGUCUUUGACUUGCUUAACAUUGUCCCUUGGCUUAAGAAGUAUGGGACCAACCCCAGCAACGGAGAGAAACUGGAUGGGAGGUCCCUGAUCAAGCUGAACUUUGCAAAGAACAAGGAAGGAAAGUACCACUGCCCAGUGCUGUUCACCGUAUUCACCAACAACACCCACAUCGUAGCCAUCAGGACCACUGGCAACGUGUACACCUAUGAGGCAGUGGAGCAGCUAAAUAUCAAGGCCAAGAACUUCCGAGACUUGCUGACAGACGAGCCCUUCUCUCGGCAGGAUAUCAUCACCCUCCAGGACCCCACCAAUUUGGACAAAUUCAAUGUCUCCAACUUCUUUCAUGUUAAGAAUAACAUAAAAAUAACAGAUCCCGAUGAAGAGAAGGCAAAACAGGACCCAUCUUAUUAUUUGAAAAAUACAAACGCCGAGACCCGAGAGACACUGCAGGAGCUCUACAAGGAGUUCAAAGGGGACGAGGUCCUGGCGGCCACCAUGAGAGUCCCGGAGAAGAAGAAAGUGGACAAGCUGAAUGCUGCACACUAUUCCACCGGGAAGGUCAGCGCCUCCUUCACGUCCACCGCCAUGGUUCCAGAGACCACACAUGAAGCAGCUGCCAUCGAUGAGGACGUGCUGCGCUACCAGUUUGUGAAGAAGAAGGGCUACGUGCGGCUUCACACCAACAAGGGCGACCUCAACCUGGAGCUGCACUGCGACAUGACGCCAAAGACCUGUGAGAACUUCAUCAAGCUCUGCAAGAAGCAGUAUUACGAUGGCACCAUCUUCCACAGAUCCAUCAGGAACUUUGUGAUCCAGGGGGGUGACCCCACCGGCACAGGGACAGGCGGGGAGUCGUACUGGGGAAAGCCCUUCAAAGACGAGUUCCGGCCCAAUCUCUCACACACGGGCCGGGGCGUCCUCAGCAUGGCCAACUCGGGACCCAACGCCAACAAGUCUCAGUUCUUUAUCACCUUCCGCUCCUGCGCGUACCUCGACAAGAAGCACACCAUCUUCGGGCGGGUUGUCGGGGGCUUUGACACACUGACAGCCAUGGAGAAUGUGGAGAGUGACCCCAAAACUGACCGCCCUAAGGAGGAGAUCCGCAUCAACUCCACCACCGUGUUUGUGGACCCAUACGAGGAGGCUGACGCUCAGAUUGCCGAGGAGCGGAAGAGGACACAGCUUGAGGAGGCAGCGGCCCCGGAAAGCACAGUGAAAACCCGCCAGCCCAAACCAGGGAGCCAGGGGCCCCAGACGUACCGCCAGGGGGUGGGCAAGUACAUCAACCCAGCAGCCACUGAGCAGCAGAGGAAGAGCCCUCAACCAGUACAGCUGUGCCUGUGGCCAAGAAGAAGCCCAGCCGUGGCUUUGGGGACUUCAGCUCAUGGUAGCAGCAGGUCUGCCCCUCUGGAUCCCCGGGGGGGACUGGGGACCGGGGGCCUGUGUCCACAACCCCGCGUUUCCUGCCUCGUCACCUGCCCGUCUGAUGACACCUCGCUAAAGCUCUUGCUUGUUGCCUGAGGCCCCCAUCCUGUGGCCUGCAGACCAGCCAGCAGUGUGGGCGAGGAGGGCCCCCGACUCUGGCUUUCCCACCCUCCCCCACCCCGGCUGUCGUCAUCUCAGGGACUGUACUCAGUGUAUCACCUGGGACCUGGUUACACACACAGAAUCGCAAACCCUGGACCUUCCGACCUGGGGACUCGGGGCAGGCUCUGCGCUCCGCUGACACCUUGGGGGGCUCUCGCUGCCAGUGGCUUGAGGACCCUGCACGGGAGCCUUGCCAUUAGUUUCUAAAACCUCUUCUGCUGCCUCUUGCCUGGACUCACUGGGGCCUGGCCACCCACCCAGCAGGGACUCUGGGUGGUCACAGCCAUGUUCCCCAUGGGCCUGCUCUGGCCAGCCCAGGUGCGGGCUGCACCCAGGACUUCCUGCCUCUCUGCCUCAGGACAGGCACAGGAGCGCCCGUGGAGCAGCUGUCCGGUUCCUGCUGCUACUGAUGGAUGCACCGAAGGCCCUGCCCAGCUGGCGUGACCCCCCUUCCACCCUCAGGGUCCCUCCUUGGCUCAAACACUUGACCCCUUGCCCUAGCACUAGGGCUUCCAGACCAGCCUCACCAGCGUUUCUGGACUUAAAAAAAUCCCUUCCCUUUUUAUUUUUCUAUGUCUUAAAAAAAAAAACUUAGCACUUGCUUGCCUG